UGAGAUGCCGACCCGUAGAGAAAAUGAAGUGCCCUAAAGUAGUCAUUGUUCCAGGGAAUGGGGCUGGGGAUGUAGAACACUGCAACUGGUAUGGAUGGACUAAAAAACAGAUCGACCUGAUUGCAGGCGUUACCUGCCUGCUCAGAAACAUGCCUGAUCCAGUGACAGCGAGGGAGAGCAUCUGGCUGCCCUUCAUGGAACAGGGGCUGCACUGUGAUGACAGCACUGUGGUGAUAGGACACAGCUCAGGGGCCGCAGCAGCCAUGAGAUACGCAGAGACGCACAAGUUGUGUGCAAUCGUGCUGGUAGGGGCCUACACCUCCGACCUGGGUGACAGCAAUGAAAGGGAGAGUGGCUAUUUCAGUCGGCCAUGGGAGUGGGAGAAGAUCCGGAGCAAUUGCCAACACAUCGUGCAGUUUGGCUCCACAGAUGACCCCUUCCUGCCCUGGAGUGAGCAGCAACUUGUGGCAGACAGCCUCCAGGCUCACCUGCACAAGUUCACUGAUCGUGGACAUUUCCAGAACUCACAGUUCCCGGAGCUUGUCAGCGCCGUGCAGGAGUUGUUACUUGAGUGAAUGAGUUUUCAAAAAUGAAUAAUAAGAUGGAGAACAAGGCAAGUGUUCAGAGACCCAUCUUGUAUCACUCAACUUUUUCUGCUUCAUUACCCACAAAGUGCAUAUUUUUGGUUUUAGGAGUUAUGCUGGCUAACCUGAGAUGUUACCACAGCCUAACCUAGGUAUAUCAAAUAGAGACAAGAUUAAGGCUGUCAUCAAAUCAGUUAUGCGUAAAUAAGGUGUGAAACAGUGGCUGACUAUUUAGUAUUGAACCCUUCCCAUGCAAGGUUGACUUUACACACAGGUCCUGCUCUGUGUGCGUUUUCCCUGCUUUUGUCCAGGAUUCAUCUUUCAACUUACUUUCUCCUCUUACAUUGCAACGGCAUGCUGUAAAGAUUAACUGGUGACUCCAGA